AUGGGCGGAGGAAUGGAGGCAAACAAGAACAAGUUCAUCGAGGACUGGGGCGCCGCCCGAGAGAAUCUGGAGCACAACUUCCGAUGGACUCGCCGCAACUUCGCCCUCAUCGGCUUGUUCGGCAUCGCCCUCCCCUACCUCGUUUACAAGGGAACCGUCAAGGAAUUCGUAAGCCUCUCGCAUCUGAAAAUUUUCGCUCUGGUUUCCGUUUGGUUCAUGAAAUGUUCUUCUUCCCCCCAUUUGUUGAUCGAAUUGUGCUUCGUUUUUUAA